AAAAGUGGGCGGAAGUGCCGGCCCUUUAUUUCAAAAACGGAGUGAUGUCAAACAACAGCGGCAGACUCUCUGACAAAGUCAGCUGUCUUCUAACCAGCUCAUUCAACGCCCAUAAACCGGUCGAAGAGGAUAACUCGAUGCCCGCGACGUAGCCUAACCAUUCUGCAGAGGUCGUUCGGAGGCUUGAAAUGACAACAUCUGCGAAUGUCAUGAACGCAUCGCAGUUCUCCAGCCCAUUGCACCUGCAUAUAGUUAAUAUCAGAGGACUCAUGAAAGGAAAGUUUGGCUCUCAGAUACGAGCAUUUUUCAUGUGACUACCACGGAUCUGUUUGAAUGUGAGAUCGUAUCUGGACCAAGACCGCAGGAGAGCUGCAUGUCAUUCAUGGACACGGGGAGGAACUUCGCGCAUUGAUCAUAUAAAAGAGGAUGUUUGCUUUUUUUAUUCCAUAUAAUUCUUGAUUGUGCGUAUAUUUGAUACGAGAUGGCAUGGCAUCCCUGUUUUCUCCGCUGGUUCCGAUGGCUUCGGUAGGACGAUAUUAAUGUGGGUGGACCUUGGCGCAUCUCCAACGGAUAUUUUUUAGGGGGGCUGGAGGAUCGGGCUAUUUACUACAGCUUUGUAGUACUUUUUACAUCUAAACCAGCGGACAUUUUUUUUAAACGCAAGCAUCAGAGAUAUUCUACAUCCUUUGUCAGUAUAUAAUGGCCGAGGACACAGCUAUAGAUAGGCUGAGCACUGCAGCUGCGAUUGGAGAUCUGAAAGAAAUUGAGCAGACACUGCAAAGCAACGUGAACGUUAAUGAGAAGAACAAGUACGGCAGGACACCAUUGCAGGUGAUGAAACUUGGCUGUCCGUGCAUAGCGGAGGCGCUGCUUCGAGCGGGCGCCGAUCCAAACGCGCGCGACCCCAUCCUGCGACUGACCGUCAGUCACGAUGCCGCGCGAGACGGAUAUCUGGACACUCUACGGGUGCUCGCGCAGAACGGUGCUGAUGUCAAUCUCCCUGACAACGACGGCAACCUGCCUCUGCAUCUGGCGGCGCGGGAGGGACACCUGGCUGUUGUGCAGUAUCUCGUAUCUGACUGCAGCACGCCGCCUUCUGUGCCUAACGCAAAAGGCUACACGCCUCGUGACCUGGCGCUCAUGCACAAAAAACACAGAACUGUGGAGUGGCUGGAGAACAUUGCGCCUUCACAAUCCAGCUAGAGAUUAUGACUAUGGGCCUGUGUGUUUUGUUGUGUAACAGAGGUAGCAGACAAACGCUGAAUGAGCGAUUUAUUGCAUUGCAGACAUUUCAGCCAACUACCUCUCAUUGCAUUGUAAAAUAUUGGGCUCAGGGGCGUGUCUGUUUGUGAAGAACAAUUAACAUUUCAGUUGACAUUGCAUGUUAUUCACAUUGCCCCCAAUUUCAACUGGCUAAGUGGAUUACAUUUUAUUAUUUUUUUAAUAAGAUAUUUUUCAGGUCAUCUAAGUCUCCAUUUUAGUUUUGUAUUGAUAAUUUUAAUUUCUUUCACUAACUUCCAGGCAGGUCACGCCUGUCCUAUAUGUCCUGUUUUAUAACAAGAAAAAAAGAUAACCUAAAUUAAUUGAUGUGCUUAAAGAAACCAAUCUCCCCUUUUAUUAAAGUAAUUGCACUAUAAUGGUCAAAAUCCACUUAACCCCUGACUGCUCUGUUUUUGUUGUGUUUAUAGUUUUAUGACAUUGAACUUGCACUUUUGCUUGUAAUUAAUGCCUUUUAACUGUUGAUUUACUGUGAAAGCUUAUGUUUUGUCGCAUUGAAAAAAUUAAAACCUUGCAAAAUAACCAAAGACAGCUGUUAAACGGUUUCGUGACGUUGUGUGUUUAACUCUGGCCUCG